AUGUAUAUUGAGGAACUGAAGGAAGGGGAUUCGGAGAAUGAAGGGGGGCAGCAAUUGUGUGGUAAGGAAGAUGAUUCAGAGAAUGGAGAGGGGCAAGGUGCUUUCCUUAUAUGGGAUGCAAAAAGGGUUUUGGUCGGAGCAGGGGCUCGGGCUCUUUUCUAUCCUACAUUGUUAUAUAAUGUUGUUAGAAACAAGAUUCAAUCCGAGUUUCGUUGGUGGGAUAGGGUUGAUGAGUUUGUAUUGCUAGGUGCUGUUCCAUUUCCCAAAGAUGUUCCACAAUUGAAGGCUCUCGGCGUAGGUGGAGUGGUUACCUUGAAUGAGCCAUAUGAGACUUUGGUCCCGACGUCAUUAUAUCAGGAUCAUAACAUCAAGCACCUGGUAAUUCCUACGAGAGAUUAUCUGUUUGCUCCAUCAUAUGGGGUCAUUUGCCAAGCUGUCGAAUUCAUCCGCGGUAAUACAUUUAGCUGCAAAACUACAUAUGUUCACUGUAAAGCUGGCCGAGGCCGCAGCACCACAGUUGUACUCUGUUACUUGGUUAAAUACAAGAAUAUGACACCCGAGGCUGCAUACAAGCAUGUGAGGUCCAUUAGACCAAGGGUACUUUUGGCCUCAUCCCAGUGGAAGGCUGUUCAAGAUUACUAUCACAGAUUGAAGAAACCUGGGUAUGAUGUUUACAUGGAUAAUUCACCCAGUAUAAGCUUAGGUAUUGCUGGGAAAGUCGACCUGGAAGCCUUUGACGAUAACUCUGUGGUGUUAAUAACAGAAUCUGACCUUGAUGGAUAUGAAGAAAGUGAUGAUUUCCAUGUUGUUCGUAAGAACAUAAUGGCAGAUGUAAACCUAGCAUGCAGGGUACACUUUGCCAGUCAAGCAGCCUUUUCUCGGCUUUCUUGCUUGUGGCUUCGUUGCCAUGUGAGCCAGAAAGCAUCGAGAGAGAACAUGGAAAGCUGUAUGGGAAAUAGUCAGUUGGGGAAUACAGGUGUUGAAAUUCGUGUUUAUUGA